AUGGUCGUGAACGGACGGCAUCACGGGCAGCCCGGGUGCUCCUGCUGCUUCCCUGCUCACCUGGAGGGGUUUUUAAAAAGGACCCUCCGAUAUGUUCCCAAAGGCUCCCAAGACAAAAUUAUCUCUGAUGAAGAUAUCUUUGAAACACUACUGAAACUGUUUAAAGCUCUGUUCAUAAAUGACUUCAGCAGACAAGCACAUAUUUUUGCCUUACUUCCAGAAAUCAAGUGUAAAUACUUGGAAUUGCUGACUGCUGAGCAGAAGCAAUCAAAAUUAAAUUCAUGUAACCAUCACAGCCAACAUGUGUUUAGUCCAGAAGAAACUCUGUUUAAAACACUGGGGUUCACUGUUACUCGAGCCAGAAGCUCCCUGGUGUCUGCUGGAACUGGAGUCUUUGUUUCGAAAGGUUUUGUACCAAAAGGGACGCUUGUAUCUAUGUAUCCUGGUACAGUAUACAGAAAACAUGAGCCCAUCUUUUUCCAGUCCCUUGGCAAUCCCUUUAUUUUUAGGUGCAUAGAUGGUAUCCUUAUUGAUGGGAAUGAUAAAGGACUGUCAAGAUCAGUGUAUAGGUCUUGCAGCAGGAGAGAUCAACUUGGCCCAUUUCAAAUGAGCGAUGAGAGCUGGCUCACAGCUGCCCUGCAAAACCCACUGGCAGUGGGACAGUAUGUCAACAACUGCUCACAUGAAAAAGCAGCCAACGUAUGUUAUCAGGAGUUUGAUGUGCCAGGAUAUUUUCCAGUAGAACUGAAGCAGUAUCUUCCAAACAUCGUCUACAGCCAUGACAUAGAGAGCCACCUAAGAUGUGUAGUGCUUGUCACUCUCAGAGACAUCAAGCAAGGAGAAGAACUUUUUUCUAAUUACUACACUGUUGUCAACUGAAUUGAUUCCAGACUGAAGAAAUCUGUAUCAUUAAAAUACUGUAUGUG